CAAUAAUUAGUCCAUUAGGCCAACAAUUCUCUUCCUCUUAAUCAGAGGAAAAAUCUCAUAGCAAUAGAAUGGAGAAAUCAAAAUGUCAAAAACAAACUUUGUUAAGUGUUGCUAAUCUCAAGCUUCCAUCAUUUCAGGUGGUGGUGGUGAAUGCAGAUUUGGGAUGCACACAUUGCAGGAGCAGAAUAUCUCAAAUCAUGUCAAGGAUAACAGGGAUGAGGGAGUAUACAAUAGAUGUUGGGAAAAAGCAAGUGAUUGUAAGAGGAGAUGUUAGAAAUCAUCACCAGGAAAAAAAUGGUGCAGUAAAGAACCACAAGAUCAAUGAACACCAUAGCCGAAUUUUCACCUUCUUCUUUAGUUUACUGAACUUCCGUUGGAGCACAACCAUGAAGAUGGUUGAUUAA